AUGAAAGUUGUACAUGCCGUCCAUGCCUACCUGAGUCACGGCAUCCGGCGUGCUCGAGUCUCGCCUGGUGAGACCCUGGACGCCGUGUGGGACUUUGCACGACGCUAUUUCUUCACCCUUGCCUUUCUCUCGUUGUUCAGCGCAAAAUUGCUUCAUCUCUACGCUCACUUGUAUUCGCUCCCCGCUGCGCGCUUCUUCCUAUGGGGAAUCACCUUCUUUUUCCAAGAUGUGGCCAUUUUGUUGUUGUUCCGAACCCUCACGCAGAGGGUCGCGUGGCGACCGGCCGCUGCAGUGUUGGCGCUGCUUGUCAUCCCAUCUAGCUUGAUCGUUUCGUUCAUGGCAUCGGCCAACGCCUCCUUUUACGUUUUCACCGGUGCCGAGAUCCACUGGCGCCAAGCCAAGUCCUUCAACGGCGACGCCGCGGCCAUCCACACCCUUUUGACGGGAUUGACUGGUUUCCUGAUCGUCGAAGGAAUCCUGUUGACCAUUUCAAUCUUCGCCGCCCGCCCGAUCCAUUCCUUGACCGGAGGAAUUUUACACGUGUGGGCAUGGCCCAUUCGGUGGGUGUGGGCGCGGGUGCGACCGCACUUCGAACCCCUGCUGCAGCGCUUCUGGCCCCGGUCCAAGGAGGACCAGAGCCUUCCCGACCCCAGAAUCUACGAGCAGAUUGCGAUGGAAGAUGGAGACAGUGACAAUGAAGAAGGCGAUCACCUAUUGAACACCCAGUUGCCCAACCCUCUCCCUGAGUCCAAGCGGGUUACCGAUGGCGUUCCACAGCGGGCGCUCAUCCUUGGGUUGUUCAGUCUGUUCCUGUUCCUCCGCUUCCUGCGUCCCUCCAAUGCCGUUUAUAUGUAUUUAUCUACCACCUUGCCUUUGAGCACCGUCCUCGAGGGCGGCGAACGCGACUCGCCCGUCGACCUUACCGGACUGCCCGGCUACUUUGAUUACCUGAACGGGGCCAGCGCUCUGGCCCCACCACCUCACUGGGGAUGGAUGCCGAAUGAUCCGGCCGAUGGUUUCAGCGACUGGGACAAAUCCGACCCAUUGGCCCUCCACUACAAGGCGGAGAAGGAUCCUUUGUCGAUCUCCAACCUGCACAAGCCAGUACUUGAGGAGGUCCACAAUGCUCUUGCCAGCGGGGAUGUAAAGAUCAAACACAUCGUGUUCUUGAAGCUCGAGAGUGCGCGUAAUGACAUCUUCCCUCUGCAGAAGGAUAACUUCAUGUGGAAGCGCAUCGCGGAGACUUGGAAGGACAAGAAAAUUCCUCCCGAGGUGCAAGAUCGUAUUGCCAACUUGACCCGCACAGCCGAGUACUUGACCAACUUCCCCACUGGGUUUGAUCACGAUGACACCCGUUUCAACGGCCGCAAGGCGUACGGUGGUCUGAGUGCCAAGAACGCCAUCACUUCAUCUACAUAUACACUGAAGAGUUUGACUGGUAGUCUGUGCGGUGUGGCGCCUCUCGUGGCUGACUUCAACCGUGAGUUCGAGCAUCACAUCUACCAGCCAUGCUUGCCUCAGAUCUUCGAUCAACUGAGCCAGCAGCCUGAUAUCACUAGCGACUCUGAUGACUUUACCAAAUGGCCAUGGCACUCGACUUUCAUGAUGUCCGUCACUGAAAUGUACGACAAUCAGAACAAGUUGACCCCGCAUCUUGGAUUCAAGAACAAGGAGACCAAGGAGACCAUCACGAAGCCCGAGGCAAAGCACUUCCCCGUCAAGAGCGCCGAGGUGAACUACUACGGUUACCCUGAGAUCGAGCUGAAGGAAUACAUUCGCGAUGCAAUUGAUGACGCUGAGCGUGAUCACAAGCGUCUCUUCCUGAACCACUUGACCAGUACCACUCACCACCCCUGGGGAGUUCCCAACGACGCUUUCGAGAAAAUUAUGGGUUCCACCGCAGGUCCCAACAACGACCUGAACCGUUACCUGAACUCUGUUGGCUACGUCGAUGACUGGAUCUCCGACCUCAUCGACGUCCUUGAAGAAAAGGGCAUCAUUGACCAAACCCUCUUUGUGAUGGCCGGAGACCACGGUCUCUCCCUUCCCAACGAUGGAGGAGUCACCCCUUACGACAACCCACACGUCGGCAGCUUCAAGGUUCCCAUUGUUCUGGCUCAUCCCAAACUUCCCCCUGUUCAAAUCGACACCCCUGUCAUCAACAGUCAAAUCGUGCCCACCAUCAUCGAUCUCCUGAUCGAGUCUGCAUCCUUGAGCACCGACAGCACUCGCUCUGCCCGCGAUCUCCGUUCCUUGUACGAAGGACAAUCUAUGAUCCGCCCUCAGAUCGUGGAACAGGACGGUCACGAGGCCUGGCAAUUCACCGUCAUGAACACCGGUGGAUCCUGGCUUUCCGUGCGUUCUGCUGCUCGACCUGAGUACCGCCUGGUCAUCCCCCUUGUCAACGACGUUGAGUGGCGAUUCUCCGAUCUCUCCAAGGAUCCAGAUGAGCUGAGCCCGAUCGAGCGCUUCAGUCUCGUGGAUCUGGCAUCUACGAUCAAGACGGAGUACGAUGAAGAAACCCUCAACUGGCUGUACAACGGUGCGUACGUGGCCAACUGGUGGGUUCGCGAGAACUGGGAUCGUUGGAGAUUCUCGCCCGAGGCUGAGAAGAACAAGACCGAGUCCGCUUGA